AUGUCCGAGCUCGCGCGCACUCUUCCAGCUUCCUGGUACUGCAGCCAGCCGCUCUAUCAACUUGAACGGCGGGCUGUUUUUCUGAAGUCCUGGUAUCUUCUUGGUCCUUUGACGAGAUUCCAGGUUGUUGGCGAAGUUGUCGAUUACGAGAUAGCCCAGCAGCCGAUCCAGGCGGUUCGUUGUACUGGAGAAGGGCAGACGCCUGUUGCCGAAGAGAUACAGGUUACCUGUGCAGAUACCAGAACAACUCUACGCCAUCAUGUUACUCCAACUGGCCUUGUCUUCACCACUUUAUCGGAAGACGCCCCAAGCUUCCACGAGUACUUCCCAGAGCUGGAGCCUUUACUCCAACGGGUUGACUUCACCAAGCUCCCCUACAAACGGAGCAUCAAAUAUGAAGGUCGCUUCAACUGGAAAACCAUGGUCGACGGCUACCAGGAAUGCCUGCACUGUCAAUACACCCAUCCUUCAUUCUCCAUCUACUACCCACCAACCUGGUACAAGGUGCACAACCACCUCAACUUCUCGCAGCACAUCGCGGACCCCAAGAAGCCAGACGACGGACUAUUCCUGUAUUUCUUCCCCAACUGCACGCUGAACGUGUAUGGAGGCGGUAUGUCUUCGUUUCGGGUGUGUCCAACAGCGGACCCGAACGUGACGAGAAUGGAAUUCGACUACUACCAUAUGGAGACGGGUGAGAAGUUCGAAGAGUACUAUCGCUUUGUCCGCCAGGUUGCGACGGAAGACUUUGAGCUUUGCGAAAAGGCCCAGGAGAACUUGACAAAAGGUGUCUACCGGGAGGGGAUACUGAACCCGGAGAAGGAAAAUGGAGUCUCUUUCUAUCAAGACCGUGUGUUCGAGCUCGUGUGUCAGCAGCAUGCGGCGGAGAAAGCUAGAAUGAAGGCUACUGGUAACUCCAAGUUGAAGGAGGCUGGGGUCUCUUCUUCCCUAGGAAAGAUCCAGGCUGCUGCAUGA